UAUUGUAGUGUACCAAAUUCAAGUCUUCUGCCUUCUGUUCUCUUGUCCAUCACCCCCAGUACACCAACUUCUUCUUCGAUCUCCCCUUGUCAAAAUCUUCAAACUCCCAUAAUCUCCAUUAAUGGAUUGCUUAGAGAUCAUGCACAAGGAGGGAAGUUGUAAAGGAGAAGAAGGAGAGUGUACUUUCGAUGGAACAGUUGAUAUGAGAGGCCGACCAGCAAUCCGAGGAAGAAGUGGACAGUGGGCCGCCGGAAUUAUCAUCCUCUUGAAUCAAGGUUUGGCUACCCUAGCAUUCUUUGGUGUUGGAGUGAACUUGGUACUCUUCUUGACAAGGGUGCUUCAGCAAGAGAAUGCUGAAGCUGCCAAUAAUGUUAGCAAUUGGACCGGCACCGUCUACAUCUUCUCGCUCGUCGGGGCAUUCCUUAGCGAUUCCUAUUGGGGAAGAUACAAAACUUGUGCCAUCUUUCAAGUCAUCUUUGUCAUCGGUUUGAUAGCGCUAUCACUCGCAUCGAGCCUUUUCUUGCUCAAUCCGCGAGGUUGUGGGGAUCGAAUGACUAAAUGUGGUUCCCAUUCCAGCUGGGAGAUUGGGUUAUUCUAUCUUUCCAUCUACAUGGUUGCUCUCGGGAAUGGAGGUUACCAACCGAAUAUCGCUACAUUUGGGGCUGAUCAAUUUGACGAAGAGGAUCCGAAGGAGGGGCACUCAAAAGUGUCAUUUUUCAGCCAUUUUUACUUGGCUUUGAACAUUGGUGAACUGUUCUCAAAUACCAUAUUAGGAUAUUUUGAGGAUGAAGGCAUGUGGGCUCUAGGCUUUUGGGCUUCGACCGCAUCGGCUUUUGCAGGGCUAAUCUUGUUUCUUUGGGGCACCCCAAGGUAUCGGCAUUUUAAGCCCACUGGGAACCCUCUGGCAAGGUUUUGCCAAGUGAUAGGGGCUGCAGCAAAGAAAUGGAGGGUUGAGAUUGCACCAGGUGAAGAGAACUUAUAUGAAGCAAAUGAAAAGGAGAGUUCUGUGGGUGGUGCCAGAAAGAUACUUCACACUGAUGGAUUCAAAUUCUUGGAUAGAGCAGCAUACAUUACAUCAAGGGAUUUAAACAACCGAAAGCAGGGUUGCCACAACCCGUGGCGCCUCUGCUCCAUUUCGCAAGUUGAAGAAGUGAAGUGCAUACUGAGAUUGCUUCCCAUUUGGCUAUGCACCAUACUGUACUCAGUGGUGUUCAACCAAAUGGCUUCCCUCUUUGUUGAGCAAGGUGCGGCGAUGAACUGCACGGUUUCAAACUUCCAAAUCCCACCGGCUAGCAUGUCUAGCUUCGACAUCCUAAGUGUAGCUCUCUUCAUUUUCAUCUACCGCCGCGUACUUGAUCCCCUCGUGAGCCGAUUCAACAAAAAGGAAGCGAAAGGGCUGACCGAGCUCCAAAGGAUGGGAAUCGGUCUCGUCAUCGCUAUAAUGGCCAUGGUCUCAGCUGGGAUCGUGGAGUGUUAUAGGCUAAAGUACGCGCGGAAAGACUGCAUUCACUGUGAUGGAUCGAGCUCGCUGAGCAUUUUCUGGCAAGUCCCUCAGUACGCUUUCAUCGGGGCAUCAGAAGUUUUCAUGUACGUCGGGCAACUAGAGUUCUUCAACGCGCAAGCACCGGAUGGGCUGAAGAGCUUUGGGAGCGCACUUUGCAUGACGUCGAUUUCCCUCGGGAACUAUGGAAGUACCUUGCUUGUGACCAUGGUUGUGAAGAUUUCAACCGAAGAUCACAUGCCCGGGUGGAUCCCUGGAAACCUGAACAGGGGUCAUCUCGACCGGUUCUACUUCCUCCUAGCGGCUCUCACGAGUGUAGAUCUGAUCUUAUACAUCGUGUGCGCCAAGUGGUACAAGAACAUCAAACUUGAGGGCAAAAUCGUGGGGAUUUCCGACGAAGACAAGUUUUCUGUUGUAUAGAAUGAAGAAAUGCAGCUUCUGUUGAAGGAUUAUGUGCCAGAAUAUAUGAAUAAGAGGAAACAAGAAUUGAUUACAGACAGCUUGGGGAAGAUUACAUUUGAAAGAAGGAAAGAGAAACCAAUUUCAUUGCACUCUCUUACCUGCCAUUUUAGUCUGUUAGAAGGAUGUUAGCAGAGGUUGGUUGCAUUUGAUGUAGGGUUCUUUUGGAUCUUCCCUCCUCAUUUGGACUUGUUGGCGCUGGAAUUAACAAUGUUUUGCCAGGAAGGGGUUCCAAAUGGUUUGACUAAAUUGGGUCUCUGAUUUGUUCUUGAGUUUUUUAACAAGAUAUUUGCACCCUUAAUGGAGUACUUUCCUGUUUGUGUU